AUGGUAAACAAACAGAAAACUCAUGUAAACGCCCUCAAUGCCAAGAGAAUGAAUGAGGGAUCUCCGGGCCGAAAGUUGUCAGAGAUUUUGCAACCUGCCUAUACAUCUUUGACCGCAGUAAGCCGCUUUUUUGAAGACGAAUCUGACGUUGAGAACGUGAUAAAGGGCCUGGAGGAACUUAAAUUGAAAUGGACAGAGAUCAUUGCCACUUUAAGCGAAAUUUUUGUACUUAAUUUCGGGCAAUCAGAAGUGAGAUCGUUUUUCCGGUGGAUUUUGGAAGGGAAACUCCAAUUCUAUGGAAUUUAUCAAAGUAUAGGAUAUUUGGAAUUCACGCUGACCAGGGUUCUAGACGCGGUCGAAAAAUUUAUUGACGACGGAGUUCAAAGCGCAUCUUUUAUUCGACUUUUUGAUUUGGCAGAGAUUACCUGGAGUUAUUGUCAGCAAGUAAGACCGACAAUCGACGAUGCAAAAUACAUUUUCGAGACUUCUUUGGAAUUCAAUGAGAUCUUCAAUGAUCUGCUGGGAUCGCUCAAUCUGUUAGCAUUGGAAAACCUACGAGAAUGUGAAAAAUUGCGAAGCAAUACAAGUUAUACCAACUUGAUCUCUCUGCCGCCCUUUUCGCGCGAUAAACUCGUGACUGUUUUGUCAAGCUGUGCUGACACGGCUUUUUUUCGCGCUCCUACGUUUGAAGAAACGGAAAAGGUUCUUUUUGAACGCUUCUAUGCGCUUGACUGUACUACCAAGACAUUGGAUUUGAGUUUGAAGGACGAAUUGCGUCGGAAACUGGAUAAGUUCGAAAAACGUAACGUUCGUCACGUUGUCCAUUUGUCUGCAAUUUUGUGGACUAGUUUCGAUGAAUUAUCUCAUCAGUAUCUCCAACUUCUCGGUGAAGUUGCCCAGCUCCGGGCUCAAAUCAUAGAAAAGCGCUGGUCGCUCUUGUUUGAUGCUUUACACCUCGAGCUUUUAUCAGCGGUGAAGGAAAUCUCCGAUUUGCUUGACAAAAACGGGGAGCUAGGUUCACCUAUCAGGGCUCGAAAACUAGAGGAAAUAAAAAUCGUUACAGACAUAAUGUGUGACAUCUCAAUGCAAGCCAUGGAAGCCGGUAUUUUAAAGCCUCCGAUAGCUGAAAAAUUUCUCAAUUUACUGAGCCUCUGGGAGACCAAAAGGGUAAUCAUCGAGAGUUUUCCAUCUUCUCCGGAUUUGGAAGAGCAAUUGGUACCCGAAUUCCAAAAUCUCACUAUCCGAGAACCUUCUUUGAAUAAAUCUGGUAGCCGCCCUAGAGCGGACUCCUUAAAGGUCGGCGCCCUACUGCACAAAAGGCUUAAUCUUCAUCCUGUGAUCAUUGAUAAGACACCUAAAUCUGCGCAAAAGAAAACCUUUUCAUAUUCCAAAUCGUUGGUAAAAUCUCAACCGACACUUUUGAAAUUCAGUCAUUUGCCAGACUUACAACACGAAGACGUUAAAGGAUCCUAUAAUAGAGAUAAUCGCUUGUCUCACAAGAUUCACUACUACGCUGCAAAGAGAACCUCUUUACCGGUGUUGAAAGCGCCAAGAUUUUUGUCACCGCUCAUUACGCCGAUAAAAGAAGACAUGCCUUUUGGCACCCAGUUUACGAGCUACGGCAGUCUCAACAAGGACUGUCUUAUAGGCUUGAAGAGUCCAACGGACCUAGACCAAAUCCUCCCGUCGCGGAAAGUUAUGGGCUGCGGAUGA